AUGAACAUGAUGAAGAUGAUUCAGAUGUUCAGUGUAGCAUUCUCUGUUGCUCUUCUACUAAGAGUAUAUACACACACACACACACACACACACACACUGUAUAUAUUGUCAGAGUGUGGCAGAGCACCUCUCAACACAAGGAUAGUUGGAGGACAGGAUGCGGUGGCUGGUGCUUGGCCGUGGCAGGCAAGUCUACACAACCAGAAUGGCCAUUUUUGUGGUGGAUCGCUCAUCAACAACGAAUGGGUCCUGACUGCAGCUCAUUGCUUUGAACUUGACUUUCAAUGGAAAUGUUUACCACUUGUUCUCUCACCAUAUUUUAGAAGCACUGCAGUCACUGGCCUAACCGUGUACCUGGGCCGAAGGACACAGGGAACACUAAAUCCGCACGAAGUGUUUCGAAAUGUCUCGGAAAUCAUAAAACAUCCAGGCUAUCAUCACAACAUUCGUGACAAUGAUAUCGCUCUUCUGCGUCUGAUUACACCGGUGACAUUUAAUGACUAUAUCAGACCAGUCUGUCUGGCUUCAUCAAGCAGUACCUUCUUCAGCAACACUAAGAGCUGGGUCACCGGAUGGGGUAAUAUUGAUACAGACGUUUCUCUGCCUUCACCGCAAACUCUACAGGAAGUGGAAGUGCCUGUUGUUGGAAACAGGCAGUGUACGUGUCUUAAUAAAGACGAAUCGAUCACAGACAACAUGAUUUGUGCUGGACUGUUAGAAGGAGGGAAAGACUCCUGUCUGUUUGAUUCUGGUGGUCCUUUGGUCAGCAAACAGUUCUCUUUCUGGGUCCAGUCUGGAAUUGUGAGCUUUGGCAAACAAUGUGCUUUAUGUAACCAUCCUGGUGUGUAUGCUCGAGUGUCUAAGUACCAGAGCUGGAUCAAUGAGAAGAUCACCACCAACCAGCCAGGCUUUGUUACUUUCAUCUCCAAUGGUGCCGACAGUGACCUGGCAUUUACCUGUAAUGGUGAGCCUGUGCAUGUCACACAAAUGUUUUUUUUGUACUUAAAUCUAUACUUGAUUUCAAAGGUAAAUGGUGCUUUCACAACUAAAGACAUAUCACAGGUAAAGAACAUUCCUAGUGUCAUUUCCAGUCAAUGUGCAAAAGAAGUGCCAUUGGCAGGCACAGUGCUGCAGACAAAAUACAACCAAGAAAAAAGUAAUUAAAAUCUGCUCAACAUUGGCAAAAGUUAAAGUGUUCCAUAGUGUUUCUAAAACGCAAUGAUUAAUGCUGAUAAACAGUUUCUUUUUAGCGUGACUGAAUCGUGACUGAAAAACUUGUGACUGAAUCAGACUCACUCACUCAGUGAAUGUUUCUUUCUUCUCCGCUUAUCUGAGGCCAGGCCACGGGGCAACAGUCUAAGCAGGGACGCCCAGACUUCCCUCUCCCCAGACACUUCCUCCAGCUCUUCCGGGGGAACACUGAGGUUCUCCCAGGCCAGCCGAGAGAUAGGUCUUCCCCGGGGCC